CACCGCACGCAUCGCGUGCACAAAAGACUAGUUUGCAUAUAAUACGAGUUAAGAAAUGGGAAUUUCCCCACCCCCAUAGAAUAAAAAGAGCGUGAAAAUUAAGUGGGUAAAAGGAAAAAAAAAAAAAAAAAGGGGUCACAAGAAGGUGAAAAUCCCCCUCUUCGGCCAAAAAUUCUUCACUGCAAAAGCGAAAACCUUGGGAAAGUGUGUUGAUGAGCACCUGAGCAGAGAAAUUAGCGGGAUUUAGGAGGUUUAUUUUCGCAUUUUUGAACAUUCUCUCUAUUCAGGCUUUUAUAAUGCGUGAGAUUUCUCCAAUUUCUACUCAGAUAGUAAGUCCUGAAGCUGGGACAAUUAGUGCACAACCUGUUAUUGUCCGGGGAAGAGGAAAAAACAAGAAGUUCUGGAAUGUUAAGGAGGAAGCUACUCUGGUUGACGUCCUCUCUGAAUUGAACGGUUCCAGUUGGAAAACUGACAAUGGCUAUAAAAAUGGCUACUGUUAUUAUGUUGAACAACGAAUGGAAGAGAAGCUACCUGGAUGUGGCCUUAAAGCCGAUCCUCACAUCGAAUCAAAGAUUAAAACCUUAAAAAGGCACCUCGCUUAUAUACUAGCUAUCGAGGAAAAUGGUGACGGGUUUUGGUGGGAUGAUGAACAAACAAUGGUGGUUGGCAAUAAAGAAGCAUUUUUAUGUUGGGCCAAGAAUCAUGAGGGGGCAUCAUCUUUGUUCAUGAAGCCUUUCGUACACUACGACAAAUUAUGUGAAGUUUUUGGGAAAAGGAGGCCAAUGAGGAAAAGAGUUCGAGUAAUUGCAACUGUUGACCCUCCUGUGACUCACAUCAGAAACUCAGAGACACAAUCAAAUGUGAGGGAGGAGGCUACUUCCAUAACUCAAAGCACUAUGACCCUUCCAUCUGAACCUGGUAAUGAGAAAUCUAAGAGAUCUAGGGAUUUUGAUCCCUCGGAAGCAGAGUUUCUUGAAAUGUCCAAAACUAUUCGAAGUCUUGCUGAAGCUCAAAAGGACUUGACUUUGACCAUGGUAAACAUGAAAAAGGCUUCGACACACGACGUGGAAAUUAGUGAGCAGAGAAAGAAGUUAUUCAGUGUGUUGAUGAAACUUCCAGGACUCUCUCCAUUGGAAGUAGUUAGAGCUGCACGCUCUAUUGGUCAAGAUGAUCGAAAAGUCGAGGUUUUCUUCAGUAUGCCUGAUGACUACAAAGUCAUGUUUGCUCAUCUAGAAUUCGAGACUUCUGAAUAGUUCAUAUUAAGCUAUUCUUUUUCUCUAUUUUUAUCAAUUAUUUUAGUUUGGAAUAGACAUCUUAGGAAAGCUAAUGUUAUCCAUUUUCUUGUUGGGAUGUUAAUAUGUUAUGGUAUCAUUCAGCUUGGUGUAUAAAUUAGCAUGAUCUCAAGACAUCACCAGCCAAGGACAUUUUGGCUGAUAUUCUUUGGGUUUUUGUUUAACAUAAUUGGUUUGCAGUUGGUAAUUUGGUAUCUUAUGAAAAAAUCAUGUGUCGUUCGUCUGUCAAAUGGGAGUGACAUUUGUAAUAGAAUAGUUACGUUUUUAGAAAGAUUAGAAGAAAUUGCCAGCACGUUUUCAA